AUGGCCAAGCUUACGGUGGACCCACGCCCGCCUGUUCGUGGUCCGUCUGCUGAACAUGACCGCGAGGUUCAUACCUGUCGUAUGGUGAGGGAUGUUUGGGGAGAUCGGAUUGAUGGUGUUGCUGCCACCGAGGGCGCUUGUGGGAUUCUUCUUUGUGACUUUGAGAGUGAUUUUGAAGUUGUGGGUAUCACGCAGACGGAGCAGGGUGCUCUGGGAGGGAGGGGAAGGAGAGGAAGGAUGGUGGUCGCGGUUCGUUGCACGGUAUGA